UGAUUCUUACUCAUAGUGACCCCAUGUAUGUCAGAGUUGAAUUCCAUAGAAUUUCCAGUGGUUGAUUUUUUGGAAGUAGAUCACCAGGCCUUUCUUCUGUUACCACCCACUAGGAUGCUAUAAUAACAAAGACAGACAAUAAUAAGUGUUCGUAAGGAUGUAGAGAAAUUGGAACCCUCAUACAUGGCUGUUGGAACUGUAAAAUAGUGCCACCACUUUCAAAAACAGUCUGACAGUUCCACAGAAGUUUAGACAUAGAGUUACCAUACGAUCCAGCAAUCCACUCCUGGAUAUACACUCAAGAAAAUGAAAAACAUGUUCCCACAAAAACUUAUAUAUGAAUGUGCAUAGCAGCAUUAUUUACAAUAGCCAAAAAGUGGAAACAACCUAAAUGUCCAUCAAGUGAUAAAUGGAUAAAUGUGGUAUAAAGGUACAAUGGAAUAUUAUUCACCUAUAAAAAGGAAUGAGGUACUGAUACAUGGAUGAAUCUUGAAAACAUGCUAAGUGGAAGAAGGUAGUCACAAAAGACCGCAUACUGUGUGAUUCUGUAUGAAAUAUCUAAAAUAGGCAAAUCUAUAGAGAUAGUAAAUUAGUGGUUGUCUAGGGUUUGGGGGAGGAUAGAGAAUGACUGCUAAUGAACAUAAUUUCUUUUUCGAGGUGAUAAAGAUGUUCUGAACUUAAAUAGUGGUGAUGGUUGCACAAAUCUGUGAAUAUACUAAACACCACUGAAUAGUACACUUUAAAUGGAUGAAUUUUAUGGUUUGUGAAUUAUAUUUCAGUAAAGCUAUUACAAAAAAAUCAGAUGCACAGGGGCACGUGACUUUUAGGACAAAUUGUGAAUGUCAGUGCUCGGAUGCAGUAACAAUGCUUCUCAAACUUUAAUGUGCAUAUGAAUUACCUGGGUAUCUUGUUAAAACAGAUUUUGAUUCAGGCGGUCUGGGAUGGAGUUACAUUCUGUAUUUCUUAACAAGCUCUCAGGGCACUGACGCUGCUGGUCUAUGGACUACACUUUGAAAGCAAGGCAGUAGAGGAUGUUUGUGUCUUCAGUGAAUGGGAUCGGUCUGAAGAGCCUUCCUGGAGCUAGGAGGAUUUGGCCAGGUUUUUGCAGGAAGGCAGAACGUAGGUUGGUGGAAGAGAGGGACUUGAGGGACAAAGUAAAGAUUCUUAAAGAUGCAGGAACCAUAGAUUAUAAAAUAUUUGUGAGGGACAAGAGGCAUGUUUGUGGGUAUACAGUGGCAGGUCCCUGAGUCUUUUGUACCUGAGAAAGUAUAGCAGCCAACCUCUGAACAUUUUCCAUUCUUGUGGAAUUUUCUCUUGCCCUCUGUUUGACAUUUUUGGUUUAACUUCUUUCAAUUCUGGGCUUAUGUAGAUUGGCAUGGCAAGGGGCCUUGUGAGAUCUUAGGAGGGGUUGAUUGGCUGGCACUAAAACAUUCUGCGUGUGGUUCAGAGGAGUUGGAUAUGGCGCCAUCACUCAGUACCCUUGUCUUCAGAGCUUACCUACCUAAUUGACUACCUGGGCUCUGGACAGGGUGCCUUCAGACUGGGUUAGUGCUUGGCCCCAGAUGAAUAAACUCAUUAACGAGGGAGCAAAUAAAGAUAUCUUUCCAGAUGCUACAGGUUAAUUAUAGCUAUAGUUUACAGCUUUCCUUGUUUUUCCACUUGAGCCAGAAGACUACUUUGAAUGUAAUUUAAAUAACCUUUCAGUUCAGGAGUCAGUUAUUAAAGCCAGAUGACCUCUUACUCUCAGCAUUUGUUCUGCUCUAUGGAGUGCUAAAUGAUCCUCCAAGCCCCAGAUCUAGUCUCAGCCUUUGCACUUGCCUUUCCGAGCUAUUUUCCGUGAGGCUCUGAAAGCCUUACUAUCCUGUGCUUCACCAGCAUUCAGUUAUGCAGCCUCUCCUAGUAGUGUAAAGUAUGUCCACUUUCUCAGGAGGAAAGGCAGUAAAAUCACUUGGUUACCUUAAAUGUACUUUCCCUCACAGCCCUACGAUGAAGCCAGAAGUCUUAUUCUCUCUGUUUUCCAGAUGAAGAAACUAAGGCACAUGCCUGGCCCACUGUCUCACUGAGAGGCACCCCUGUGCCUGGCCCAGUUCUCUGGAUUUUCCUAGUUUUCCCUUCAGUGGACUUAUCUUGCUUUCUUGGACAUGUAGUUUGUUUUGUUUUGACAUACAGUUUUUAACAGGGUUUCUCUGGAUGUCCCCGAUGUCAGUUGAAUAUUCCUUUCCCAGAUGCUUAUUUAUUUUUCAUGUGUUUGUUUAUUCUCUAAUUUAAGCAUCUCCAGGUGGGAUACUGGUUUGUCAGCAUACUUACUCUUGGAGAGAAUUCUGUUCAGUUCCACCAUUGAGUGCUUAGUGUAUAUGCUCAGAUCCGUACCAUUCUCCUUGGAAGACACCAAAGCAGUUUUAAAGUGUGUCUUGGCUCUGAGAGAACUUCUAGGUUUAUGGAGUGGGAACAAGAUAGACAUAAGCAGAACCAAGAUUAGGGUGAGGCAAACAAGGUUCUAGGGCACAGACUUUAAGGAGGCAAACACUCUAAAGGUCAAACAUAUGCAGGGUUGGUACCUGAGAGUGAGUGCCUCUGUGAAUUUUGUGCCGUAGGCCUCUUCCUUCUCCACCCUAGUCCUGGUCCUGGACUUAAGAAGCAGUUAGAGCACUUGGAAAGCAUGUUUAAGAUAACAUAAGACUAUGAAUGAGUGGCAUAGAACAGUGCUUUGCAAAUUCAGUGUGCAUACAGAUUACCUGGAGAGCUUAGUAAAAGGCAAGUUCUGAUUCAGUAGGUUUGGAGUGGUGCCUGAGAUUCUGUACUUCUCACCAGCUCCCAGAUGAUGCUGAUGCUACUAGUCCUUGAGCCACACUUUGAGUAGGAAGGAGAAAAUACAUGCUGGAGAAAAGUAGAGGGCUGAAUUCACUAAGCUAGGGGACGUGAAGUUGGAGCUGAGUUCUCAAAGGAUAAGCUAGAUUUGUAUAGAAGAAGAAUGAGAUGGAAGGACAUUGCAGGCAGAAGGAAGAGUACAUGCAAAGGCCUAGAAACAGAAAUGAAUCCUAUGUGUUUUGGGACAGUGAACAGACCGACUUCGCAAGACAGGUCAAGAUUGGAAAAGAAGAAGAAAGGAAUUUUGAUAGGUAGCGUGAAACCUAUGGAUUAAUUGAUCCUUCAGAAAUGUGGUUCUUAAUUUUCUGCUUAGGUACUUCCCAGAUGGGCCUUUCCACUUCUUGAAUUCAUUUGCCCUCUCUCAGAGGUGAAGGCCUUGGUCCUUCUAGGGAGAUAAAGGCCUAAGUCAAAAGCCCUCCCUAAAUAAUGAUGGACGUUCCUACUACGCACUUAUAAACGAUGCCUGGUAAAUAUGUGCCCAUUUGACUCAAUAGUAGAAUUCUACCUAUUUCACUUCAAAUGUCCGUUUAAGGUACUUUUCUGAAUUUAUCAUAGGAACAGUAGGAAACUGGGCCUUGAACACCAUGAAACACUAAAGAAAGAUUUGUCGAUUGAUUCAUUUGAGUAAUUCUGAAGCUUUGUCUCUCGUUUCUAGGUCAACGAAUGUUUUCAGCUCAGUCAAUGUAAGAGAUAUUGAGUGACUUCGUAUACUGAGACUUGGUUAGCCUUCUCUAUGGUUACAAGGAAGUAGAAGACUUGAGCCCUAAACUCAAAGAGUUUACUAUUAUUCCAAAGCAGUGGUUUUCACCUGGGGAUGAUUUUGUCUCCCAGGGUACAUUUGGCAAUGUCUGAAGAUGUUUUUGGUUGUUGCAACUGGGGGGAUGCUACUGGCAUCUGGUAGGUAGAGGCCAGGGAUGCUGCUAAACAUCAUGCAAUGUACAAGACACCCCCCACACCCCACACAAAGAAGUAACUAGCCUAAAAUGCUAGUAGUGUUGAGGUUGAGAAAUCCCGCUCUAAAAGGACAAGGCUAAGGUAAAUAGAACCAGAACUUUGAGGUUGGAAGGCCAUAUACCACUAGUUAAUAGCAGAGCAGAGACUGAAGCUCAGUUCACCCUAGUUUAAUGUGUUUCCUGCUACCAUGGGGUCAUUUAGAGUCAAGUGGUAUUAUAUGACAGAAUAUUUUAUCUAAUGUCUUCUUCCACUAAUCCUGGUUCAUACUUUAUGCGCUAGCCAUACUCAAUUGUUUGUAUACUAUGCAACUUUAUUUCUUUGUGUUCUUGUUAGUCCCUCUGCCUGGAACAUCCGUCUCUCAUUUCUUCGUCUUCAUCUCAGUUCCAGAGAUACUGCACAUCUUGUCCAGGAAGUCUUCCCUGAUAUAUAGCACCCUAGAUUGGGUUAGAAGUCAUUUCUGUAUUCUUCCAUGUGUCUGUCUUCCUCACUAGGUUGUGAGGUUGUUGGGGGUUAGAACUCUUUUCACUCUUCUCAUUGCCUAUCACAGCACAUACAACACACUUUCAGUCAUGGGUGUAAGCCAACAUAAGUAGUUAGAGAAGGGAGAGAUCAGUGUGAAAUGGCAGUGUUGGGGAAGGCUUCAUAGAGAUUGUGAGACUUGAAGCUUCCCAUAAUUCCUUAAAGAUAUUGAUGAAUUCAUGAGUACCUCCUGUUGGGUAGGGACAGUUCUAAGAUAGUAAUGGAUUUUUUUGGUGGUGUCUUUCUACAGGUUGAUAUGUCAGACCUGUCCCCAGAGGAGCAAUGGAGCAUAUCCUAACAACAACCCUAUGAAGGAAGCAGAACAGAUACGAAUUCCUUUUGACAGAUAAAGAAAUUGUGAUGUAGAGAAGUGAAGUUUCUCAGCCAAGGCCACAUAGGGUCGAGCACGCACGCAUGCAUGCCAAGCACCGUGGCCACGAAGCCAUGCAUGCCGAGAUGGUCCUCAUCCUAAUCGCUACCUUGGUGGUGGCCCAGCUGCUCCUGGUGCAGUGGAAGCAGAGGCAUCCCCGCUCCUACAAUAUGGUGACCCUCUUUCAGAUGUGGGUUGUCCCCCUCUAUUUCACAGUGAAGCUGCACUGGUGGAGGUUCCUAGUGAUCUGGAGCUUGUUCUCUGCCAUCACUGCCUUUGUCACCUUUCGAGCCACCCGAAAACCUCUAGUACAGACAACCCCAAGGUUGGUUUAUAAGUGGUUCCUGCUGAUCUAUAAAAUCAGCUAUGCCACUGGCAUCGUUGGCUACAUGGCUGUCAUGUUUACUCUCUUUGGUCUUAACUUAUUAUUCAAAAUCAAACCAGAAGAUGCCAUGGACUUUGGCAUUUCACUCCUCUUCUAUGGCCUCUACUAUGGAGUUCUUGAGCGAGACUUUGCAGAAAUGUGUGCAGACUACAUGGCGUCUACCAUAGGGUUCUACAGCAAGUCGGGCAUGCCCACCAAACACCUUUCAGACAGCGUCUGUGCUGUGUGUGGGCAGCAGAUCUUUGUGGAUGUCAGUGAAGAGGGCAUCAUCGAGAACACAUAUAGGCUGUCCUGCAAUCACGUAUUCCACGAGUUCUGCAUCCGCGGCUGGUGCAUUGUGGGAAAGAAGCAGACGUGUCCCUACUGCAAAGAGAAGGUAGACCUCAAGAGGAUGUUCAGUAACCCCUGGGAGAGGCCUCAUGUCAUGUACGGGCAACUGUUGGAUUGGCUUCGAUACCUGGUAGCCUGGCAGCCUGUCAUCAUUGGUCUGGUACAAGGCAUCAACUACAUCCUGGGCCUGGAAUAGUUAGGAAGAAGAACUUCAGAGAACC